UUUUAUUACAAUUUACAGCAACAUUAAGUGUGGUAGUCCAAAAAGGUUAAGUAUUGCAAUGGAAUUAAUUUAGAAAUUAAAAAUGGACGUAUUAUUAACGAAUGAUAUUAAAAUGUAUCUUUAUAUUUUAAUAAUACUGUCACGACUGGGUUCUUGGGUUUCGCUUCUCCGGAAGGCAAAGGAAAAUUGGCCCGUGCGAGGCGCGAAUUUAAAUACAUGUUUAUUUAACGAUAAAAAAAAGGAAUAAACAAAAGGACGCUCACAGUGGAGGUCGAAAACUUGGCUAUACAAAACAAAAGACUUGCACGAGGGCGGAAAUACAAAACUUGGGUAGAAGCACAAAACUUGCACAAAGGCAGAAACUAUGAACAAUCAAACAAAAACACUAACUGUGGCAUAAAUGAACAAAACUUACUUGGUAAAUAGUGACGUGAUCAGUGAAAACAGGUGCGUGACUCGAGAUGUGAAACAGGUGCGUGACAAGACAGGUGAGAACUAAUGGGUGACCAUGGAAACCAAACCAAACAAGGAAGUGCAACCACAAACUAAAAAGAGUCCAAAAAACAAACGCAUGGCCAAAACAAAAACAUGAACAGACAUGACCAAUACAUCAAAUAUACAGUAUUAUUACAUAGAGGUAUUUUUAGAUGAGUUGGGUGUGGAGGAAGUCACUAAAAACUAAUUUGGGGUGUGUACACUGGAGAUGGUCCAGCAUCUUAACACAAAAUAUUCCAGAACAAUUAAAGCUCAAAGAAAUAAACUCCCGUGUUUUCUUCCAUUUCCACUGCCUGUCCCAAUACUUGUGUCCAUACAAUGAAGGCGUCAUCUCGCUCCGAUCCUUAUCUUCAAGUCCCGACGAUGUCAUUUACGUCUCUUUUGUCCCUCAGGAGGUGCCGACCAAGAAAGCCAAACUGAAAGAAGGCCGUCUGCAAAUAAUGGAAGACGAGGAAGACCACUUGAACAAAUACCAGCUGGAGAACCGUCUUCUCCGCCUGGAGGAGGAGAACGACAAUCUGGCCCUCAAGCUCAUCACCAGCAAGGUGGCCCUCAGGAGCGCCCUGGACAAGGCGGAGGACAAGGUGGACGCGCUCACCAGCGACCUCCAGCUGACACGCUGCCGUCUGAAGGCCGUGGAGGAGGAGAAGCAAAGGAUGGAGGAUGAAGCGGCCAUGUUGAAGGAGGUGCUGCGGGGGGAGCUGGAAAGGGCGGAGCAGGAGGCCAAAAGGUCGUCGGGCAUCAUUGCGGACUACAAGCAGAUCUGCUCUCAGCUGACAACACGACUGGAAAGACAACAGCAGACACACUCACAGGAAGUCCACUCGCUCAAGAGCACGUUGAAGUCGUGUCGCCCUGGAGAGUCGGAAGAAGAAGACGAAGACUACGACAAAAUGUCCAUCACCACACCGUCGCCGGUAGACGCCGUCCUGACCUUUCCGGGCUGGAACAAGAAACAUGGCGGUCUGAGUGAGGCGGAGCAGAGGAGAGGAGAGCAGGAAAAAGCUUCCUUCAGGGCUCAGAUCAGACAACUGGAGAAGGAGCUGGCGCAGACCAAACUACAGAUGGUGCAGGCCAACUGCAGGACCCAGGAGCUGGAGCACGAGAGAGGCAUCCUGGCCAACGACCUCCAGGAAGCCAAGAACAACUGGAUCAGCAAGGCCUUCACCUCGCUGCGUACGUCCGCAGACGGAGCUCCGACGUCAGGCUGGAGCCUCAACAGCAGCUCCUUGUCUGGAUGGAAACUGUCAUGGCCGCACAACAAAGACGGUCAAAAAGACACGAGCUGACGAGAACACGCUAACGAACUAAGCUGUAAUAUACGUGAUGUGCCAACGUGGAUAUUUUUUUUAUAUUUCUAUGAGGGGGAAAACAGUCUUCGUACUACGAGAAUGAAGUUGUGAUGUUUUGUACGUCAGCAAUGAUGAUUGUCAUGUGAGUGCGGAGACAAGUGAGGACAAUAAAAGUGAGUGGAAAAUUGCUGCUUGUCAAAAAGUAAAGAUG